AUUUCUUCCUUCGGACAAGGUUGAACUGCAAAAUUUUGAAUUCCGGUCGGAGCUGAAAUUUUACCUAUAAUAUUUGACAAAAUAAUUUCAAUUUUCUUCUUUAUUCAAAUAAUAUAAGAAAACAAACAAUACAUUAUUAAAUAACAUCAACUCAACCUCUUUAAAGGGACUUCAUAAAAGUUUUUUUUUUUCAAGUGAAAAGUGAGAACCUUGCAUGCAAAGCACCGGGGUAGAAAAAAUACUUGAAAAUAUACAAAUUUAAUUAAAAUUGCUAUUGUUAAACAAUCAUAGACGAGAACAAGAGAUCACAAGAAAAUAUAUAUUGAAAGCACUAGUGGCCAAUAAUGGUGGAUAGAUGUUUCGUAAUUUUCCAUUCAUUGACUUUUUUGCUGUAGAGUGACGAGAAAAGUUAAAAAAAAACACCACCAUCCCCACUACUACAAUUUACAAGUUUGACGCGUUGUUAGAAGACAUCGAUUUUUUCCUAAACUUUCCACUACAUAAAACCAUACGAUUUUCUCAGCCUAACAAAAGUUAGAAAAGAGUUACAAGAGAUCGAAAAAAGUUGUUAAUCUUAAUAAGAUUAGAAAAAUGCAGUCCCAACAGCAGCAUAACCUUAACCAUGCCCAACAACAACAGCAAACCCAGAACCAGCAGCUCCUACAACAGCAACAACAACAGCAGGCUGCCGUAGCUGCAGCAGCAGCCGCCGCCAAUAGUGCAAGUUCAGCCAAAUUGAAUGACAAUCAGCCAUUGUCUUCAGUCGUUUUGUCAAAACGAUACUUCGAACCGCGUCUACUAGAACUCGCCCACCGAGAAUAUCAGGCAGUGGAUUAUGAGAAUGCAGAGAAGCAUUGUAUGCAACUUUGGAGACAAGACAGUACCAAUACAGGAGUUCUGUUACUACUUUCAUCAAUACAUUUUCAAUGCCGACGAUUAGAUAAAUCAGCUCAAUUUUCAACCUUGGCAAUUAAACAGAAUCCACUUUUAGCUGAAGCUUACAGUAAUCUCGGCAACGUCUACAAAGAACGUGGACAACUUCAAGAAGCUCUUGAUAAUUAUCGCCGUGCUGUACGAUUGAAGCCUGAUUUCAUUGAUGGUUAUAUUAAUUUGGCAGCAGCUCUAGUUGCUGCACGAGACAUGGAAUCUGCCGUUCAAGCAUAUGUAACAGCGUUACAAUACAAUCCAGAUUUGUAUUGUGUUCGCAGUGACUUAGGAAAUUUAUUAAAAGCACUUGGUAGACUAGAAGAGGCAAAGGCAUGCUACUUGAAAGCAAUUGAAACUUGUCCUGGAUUUGCUGUCGCAUGGAGUAAUCUUGGUUGUGUUUUCAAUGCACAAGGAGAAAUUUGGUUGGCCAUACAUCAUUUUGAAAAGGCAGUCACUUUGGAUCCAAACUUUUUGGAUGCGUACAUCAAUUUAGGAAAUGUUCUUAAGGAAGCGAGAAUAUUUGAUCGAGCUGUUGCCGCCUACCUCCGUGCCCUAAACCUAUCGCCCAACAAUGCUGUCGUGCAUGGUAAUCUUGCUUGUGUUUACUAUGAGCAAGGACUCAUCGAUUUGGCCAUUGACACUUAUCGGCGAGCAAUCGAAUUGCAGCCCAACUUCCCAGACGCCUACUGCAAUUUGGCUAAUGCUCUCAAAGAAAAGGGACAGGUGAAAGAAGCUGAAGAAUGUUACAACACUGCUCUUCGCCUUUGUCCCAGCCAUGCGGACUCUCUUAACAAUUUGGCAAAUAUAAAACGAGAGCAAGGUUAUAUUGAAGAAGCCACGCGUCUUUAUUUGAAGGCAUUGGAAGUUUUUCCUGAAUUCGCUGCUGCACAUUCUAACUUGGCAUCAGUAUUGCAACAACAAGGAAAACUAAACGAGGCACUAAUGCAUUACAAAGAAGCGAUUCGCAUUCAGCCAACAUUCGCCGAUGCAUACUCAAAUAUGGGUAAUACUUUGAAGGAGUUACAGGAUGUCGCCGGGGCACUUCAAUGCUAUACUCGAGCUAUUCAAAUAAAUCCGGCUUUCGCUGACGCUCAUAGCAAUUUGGCGAGCAUUCACAAGGACUCUGGCAAUAUCCCGGACGCCAUUCAAUCGUAUCGUACGGCACUCAAGUUAAAACCUGACUUUCCCGAUGCAUACUGCAAUCUAGCACAUUGUCUGCAGAUUGUAUGCGACUGGACAGAUUAUGAGGCGCGCAUGAAGAAAUUGGUCAGUAUUGUUGCUGAACAGUUAGAGAAAAACCGUUUACCAUCAGUUCAUCCUCAUCAUUCAAUGCUGUAUCCUUUGACACAUGAAUUCCGUAAAGCAAUUGCAGCCAGACACGCUAACUUAUGUCUUGAAAAAGUCCAUGUGCUACACAAACCGCCCUACAAAUUUUCCAGAGAGGUGCAUGGUCGCCUUAAAGUUGGCUAUGUGAGUAGUGAUUUUGGCAACCAUCCAACUUCCCAUUUAAUGCAAUCGGUUCCUGGCCUGCAUGAUCGAUUACGCGUUGAGAUUUUCUGCUAUGCUCUCAGUCCAGAUGACGGAACCACAUUCCGCGGUAAGAUCUUGAGUGAAGCAGAACAUUUCGUCGAUUUGUCUUUGAUCACAUGCAAUGGUAAAGCUGCAGAUCGUAUUUACGCGGACGGAAUUCACAUCUUGGUCAAUAUGAAUGGAUACACCAAGGGUGCUCGCAAUGAAAUUUUUGCCCUUCGCCCCGCUCCAGUGCAAGUUAUGUGGCUUGGAUAUCCAGGCACAAGUGGAGCUUCGUUCAUGGAUUACAUUAUCACAGACUCAGUUACCAGUCCAAUGAAGUUGGCUGGACAAUACAGUGAAAAGUUGGCCUACAUGCCAUACACUUACUUCAUUGGCGACCACAAACAAAUGUUCCCUCAUUUGAAAGAACGACUUAUUGUUAGUGAUAUGCAGGGUGGAUCUGGUGCUGGAAUUGCGGACAACGUUGCCGUUAUUAAUGCAACCGAUUUGUCUCCCUUGGUCGAGAAUACUGAUGUCAAGGAAAUUCGUGAAGUGAUCAAUGCACAGAAACCAAUGGAAAUUUCUUUGAAGGUAGCUGAGCUACCUAAUACUACACAAAUCGUUUCGAUGAUAGCUCAAGGUCAAGUGCAGACGUCACUAAAUGGAGUCGUUGUGCAGAACGGAUUGGCUACCACACAGACUAACAAUAAAGCAGCAACAGGAGAAGAAGUACCCCAGAAUAUAGUUAUAACAACCAGACGGCAGUAUCUCCUACCCGACGAGGCAAUAGUAUACUGCAAUUUCAAUCAGUUGUACAAGAUUGAUCCAUUGACCUUGCAAUCGUGGGUCUAUGUUCUGAAACAUGUGCCAAAUUCAGUGUUGUGGCUGCUGCGUUUCCCAGCUGUUGGAGAACAAAAUAUCAAAAAGACAGUCGAAGAACAAGGUGUAUCUUCCGACCGAGUAAUUUUCUCCAAUGUAGCAGCUAAGGAAGAACAUGUUCGACGAGGACAAUUAGCUGAUGUUUGUCUUGAUACCCCACUUUGUAAUGGUCACACAACAUCCAUGGAUGUCCUUUGGACAGGAACUCCAGUCGUGACACUUCCCGGAGAAACAUUAGCUUCAAGAGUUGCAGCAUCGCAAUUGGCAACACUCGGCUGUCCUGAGUUAAUUGCUCGCACUCGUCAAGAAUAUCAAGAGAUUGCAAUUCGUCUCGGCACUGAUCGAGAAUAUCUAAAGACAAUGCGUGCCAAAGUGUGGGAGGCGCGUGUGGAGAGUCCGUUGUUCGAUUGCUCGCAAUAUGCGAAAGGUUUAGAGAUGCUCUUUUCACGGAUGUGGGAACGUUUUUCAAUAGGCGAAGAGCCCGAUCAUAUUUCCGCCAUUGAUAAUAAAUAAACAAAAAUCAUCAGACUCAUCGCAGUGCAACAUAAUAACGAAAGCUAUACAAAUAUUAAUUGUUAAUUAUUCACGACUUCCUGUUCCAUAACUUAAACAUCAUACAGAUCAGAUAUAUUUUGUCAUCAUUUUAUUUCCGUGUGAUCAUGUAUUAUUAUAAUUUCUUGGUGCAGCCACUUGAGACCAGAGAGACCAUCUGUCACCACAUUUGUGAAGCAUAACCUUAUUCGUUUCUUUAUAUCUUACUUCAAAUGUUUACUAAAAAUGCAUUGUUUAGUCUUGAUUAUUGACAUCCAAAAAUAUAAUUCAAAUUCAGUUAACAUUUUUGUAUUAGUUUAAGGUAGUUGUAGUUUUUUUUUUAUUCUAUUGCGUAUAUAAGUACACAAAUUUAAUUUAGUAGUAAGUAUCACUAACAAGGCAAACAAUAGUUCAAUUCUGUUACACAAAUUAGACGAAUCAUUUCAUUUAUGAGACCGAUUCAUUCGAUUCGUUUAGAUUUGCUUUCCAUUGAAUGCACUUCAUUGCCAACAUUGAUUUUUAAGUGCCGAAGGAAGGAACUCAACUUUGUUGAUAAUAAUAAAUAAUAGAUUUAAAACGUUCCUCAAAGGCGUUAAGCAGAACAAAGUUUAUUAAGUUAAUUUCAAUCUAUUUAACAGGUUUUUAAUUUGUAUUUUUCAAACUAAUAAUUAUUUCGUACUAAAAACAAAUGAUGUAAUAAAGUAUGUUUUCUUUACAAAGCAUUUGUUCAACGAAUACAUAGUUAUGAUGAGUUAUAAGCAAAAUUAUUAAUUGCUUUUUGUAUAUAUUAAUGAGUUUUUUUAUUCACGUAUAAAUUUUUAAUUUUCUUAGAAGUAAAGAGAAGAUUUAAUAGUUUUAAAGUUUUCAAUAACCAAAUUACCAAUAAAUUUAUAGAAUUAAUUUCCUUCUAUCCGAGUUAUUUAUUCAAUUAGUUUGAUUUUGUUUUUAACUUAAAACAAUUCUCUUUUAGAAUAACUUUUCGGGGGAAACCUUAAAUAAUAAAACGGAUAUGAGUGACAAUUAUAUUUAUUAGAAAUAUUAUUAUUCAUACUUAUUAUAAUGUAAAUGUUAAUUUGAUGAAAUGAAGACAAAAAAUAUACAACAAAAAAUAAGGGCA